AUGAAUUCCAUAUGUGAGUACCAGAAUCACUUGGCCCAUGUGUUGUAUCUUGAAGAAAAAUCAUGGCUUUCUGAUGAUGCCAUUCACCUUAUAAAAUUGGAUGACUACAUGUUCAAGUGGGAAAAAAGACAUGAGAAUGCAUUCACAUAUGAAGGGUUUCGUGUUAAAAUACCGAUGUCAAGUAGCUUUUUCACAAAGUAUCUCAAGAAAAAGCUGCAAGAACUUGGCAAAACCUCAUUCACCAAAGACCAGGCAUUCUUCUUGAUAUAUGGCAAUGAAGUGCCCUGGUAUGGAUAUGUAAAGAGUAUUUUUAUUCAAAAGAGAAGUUUUUCUGGAGAAGGUGCCACUUUUAAAGUCUUGAAUAUGUUUCUUAGUCCAUACUCAUGGAACAAAAAGAGGCAAUACAAUCAGUUGGCCUCGAAAAUGGUAACACUAUUGCCUGCUUCAAAAGCCACUAGCCGGUCGUUGAAUGCAAUGCACAAUAUCCUGAAUAAUGUGGUGGAAAGCUUGCUUUUGAACAAAAAUAUUGAGUUCGAAAGUUCGCAAAUACUCUCAGGUGAGUUACUGAAUGUCAAACUCAAUGAGUCUCAGAGAUCAGCGGUCCGUUAUGCAAUGGCUAAUCCGAUUACAAUCAUUGAAAGUCCAUCCGGCACCGGAUCGACCUAUGUGAUUGCUGAGAUGGUUUCCCAAUUUUUGCGAAGAGACGUAUUCCCAAUUCUUGUGAUAUCUGAGUCAAAUGCUAAAUUGGAUCAAAUUGCCAAUUUGUUACUCCCUGAGCUCGAACUGACUAUUUUGAGAGUAGUACCCGGGAGCCGAGAAGCAGAGUACAGUAGGUCUGAAACAAUUGGUCCAAUUUGCUUGCAUCAUAAGUCUUAUGAAGCCAUGCUGCCAAACGUACAACUGCUUUUGGACAAAUUGAGCGAUCGGUCAGCGCUGGUCAGUCACAAGGAGUACACUUGGAUCUUGAAAGCUCGCAAUCCAGUCUCAGAAAACAUAGUCAAGCAAAGUAGGGUCUUUCUCACCACAUCAGUUAUGGCAGGCAGCUCUCAGCUCCGAGUAAUACCUAAGGUGCCAGUGGUCAUUAUAAACGAGGUCAGCCAAUGCCGUGAGUCAUUGAGUUUGAUCCCUUUAUCAUUUCCCGGUAUCGCCAAAAUUAUACUUAUUGGUGAUAAAAAUAAAUUGACAGGGAAGAAAGUGACGUCUGGUCUAGCCGCCUCUUUGUUUGAAAAAGUGAUUGCAAACGGGAUGUACAAACCUCAUCAUUUGCUAGAUACACAAUACCGCAUGAGUCCAGGAAUAAGUAAAUUUCUGACGAAGCUUUUCUGUCCCCUCCUUCAGAACGGAAUCAAUGAAAGAGGUCGUACUAUAAAAGACUGCUUAUCUAGACCAGUUGUAUUUUGGGACACUAACAGUCAGAUCCUGCCUUGUUUUUCUAGUCAAGCCGAGGGUAAUCUGAAUCUUUCUUUUUUUAAUGAAGGCGAGGUUGGUCUCGUUCGGAAAGUCUUAGUCCAAUUGAUAUACGAAAAAAGCAUCCCCAGAGCAAAAAUUGGAGUGCUUUCUCCAUAUAACUACCAGCUGUGCUUGAUAGCCUCCGCACUUGCCGAAGAUCCUCAAAUUAACCCGAAUGCAGAGAAAGUCACGACCGAGUACGAUUUUGACAAACUCAAUUGGGCAAGCUCGCUCCCUAUUCUCACAUUAUCGGAGAUUGUCAUCUCAACCAUCGACGCAUUCGCAAGCAGAAACAAGGAUUAUAUCGUUAUUUCUUGUGUCGAUUCAACUGAAGACGGCAUAAUGAGAAAUUGGGGAGAUGAAAGGCAAUGUUAUGUCGCAUUUACGAGAGCAAAUGUUGGACUCAUCAUCAUUGGUAACGAGUCAUGCUUGAGUUCAGGGAGUAAUAUUUGGAAGAAGUACCUCGAGCUCUUGCAAACGAAAGAUUCAGUUGAACGAAACGACGUCCUUUGUUUGUGA